CAAUGUGAAUUGGACAUUCACCUCACGGUAAAUAUAGCUGAAUCUGUGUAUAUCAUUAGUUAUGAAAUUUACUGCUUUGUUUGUAUGGUAUAUUAUAUUGGCUGGAGCGGAAUGAUAAAGCAUCUUUGAUUCGAAAAAAACCUUUUCCACAUUUGCCAUUCCUCUGCGAGAGGAAGUCAUUUGAUUGGCCAUUUUCUGACGUCGUCAUCUCCUAAGAUAUCAAUAUUCUUCUCAGCCGGAUAAGCCAAAUUAAAAUGACGAUCAUGACGGCAUCAUUUGGUUUGAAAUUGGUCACCGUAUUUAUCCUCCAUCAUCACACUGAAGGCAUGUCACUGCCAACCGCAUCCCCAGAAGAGCAAGCGUACAACCAACUUGACAACGUCGACCCUCAUUUUGCAGUGGAUACUCAAAGCUUAGAACUUUCAGAAAUGGCGAAAACUAUUCAAGUAAUAUCCGGAGCUGUGAUGGCAACAGCGGAAAUUGCGAUGGGGAUUAAAUCCGACCUUAAACUACUCAGGGGAGAGCUGAUGAUGGGGAAAAUGAAUAUGCGAUUUGAAGGACGCCAACAUCCAGACCACGGCAUCUCGCUCUAUCAAUUCAGCAACUCCAAUCUGAGGAUAAGGCACAACCUCAAUUUGGCAGAAAGGAUCGAGAAAAUUUUUGAUUCUGACAACAGCACGCUUGUGAAUUUGGCGAAAGAAGAAAUUGAGAAAACAAUCAGGAUUAAUUUCAUCCGAGUUUUGGCCGCAAUGUUGAUAAACGGCCCACCGAGUACGCAGAGGAGGAAGGAGGACAUAUUGCGGCUAAUGAAAUCGGUUUUGAACGGAGAACUGGAUUUCAAACUUGUCGUGGAAAAGUUACCGUUCAUCCUGAAAGACUCGGAGACGAAUCAGUUCAUUAAUUUGAUUCAGAUGAUUAAGGAGGAAGAAUUUCCCAGGCUCAUAAUCAAAGGAAGGCAGGAAGAUGAGGAUGAAGAUGGUGAUGAGGACGCUACCCUUGCACCCGUUGCCCAAGUCGUCGCCCCUGCACCUAUACCAGUUCAGGAAACCGUAAUUCUGGUACCUCGACCCCAACAACAACAACCGUCCCAAAUGCAGCAAAGUAAUGCUCAGACCGUGGGAACCCAGACCAAAAAUGUUGUCGUCGGUCAAGGAGGGAUGCAGGUUCAGCCGCCUACCGUCAGUAAACCUUCUACCACCCCAACGCCCAUCAGAAUCGUGGUACAUCAACCUCAACCCCAGCCCAAACCUGUAGUCACGACCCCACCACCGAAAAGUCAGCUCAACAAAGUUAUCGACGCUGUCAAGGAGUUGGAUGUGAACCAAUUUCAGUCUCUCAUCACCAAUUUGCCUGACCUGUUUGCCGGAAUAGAUGCAAUUGUGGAUGGAGUUGAAGGGUUUAUAGGAGAUCAGCCAAGUCAACAAAUUUGAAUUUAAUUUCCUUUGCUUGAUAUUGAAAUAUAAUCAAUUGAAUAAAUAGAUGAAACCUAUAAAACGCCGACACUUUUA